GAGCUUGUUUUUUAUUAUUCAUGCUACUAGUUUUCCCAGUUCACACCAUUGAUUGUGAGGUAUACAUUUAGGUGAUCCUUUGAAGAUGGUAAUCGAUAAUGCGAGAAAGGGAGUUCCUCUACUGGAAAUAGUUGAAGGAUUAUCACAAGAUGCUGUCGUGAUUCCAUCUAACCUCAAUGUUUUAGCUGCUAUCUUACCUAGAGAAACACUUCUAUGGAAGCUAAAUAUGUUGAAAGUGGCUUCAAAAUUUGCAAAUUCACACCUCCAUGCUGUAAAAGCUCAAACACUUGUACUUUCUAGCGGAAGGGAUCAGUUGCUACCAAGUGAAGAGGAAGGUCAAAGACUUAAUCGUGUUCUCCCAAAGUGUCAGAAUCGCAGUUAUAGUGGAAGUGGUCAUUUUCUUCUCCUGGAAGAUGUCUUUGAUUUGGCAACACUCAUCAAAGGUUCUGCUUUUUAUCGUCGGGGAGCACACCAAGAUUAUGUUUCGGAUUAUGUACCACCAACUCCUUUAGAAUUUAGACAAAUAUACGAACCAAACAGGUUGUUUCUGCUUGCCAUAAGUUCUGUCAUGCUCUCAACCUUAGAAGAUGGGAAGAUAGUGAGGGGCCUUGCAGGAAUCCCUUCGGAGGGACCUGUUUUGUUCGUUGGUUAUCACAUGUUAAUGGGAUUUGAGCUGGCCCCGAUGGUAUCCAAUUUUUUGUUGGAAAGAAAUAUUUUUCUGAGAGGUUUAGCUCAUCCAGUUCUAUUCAUAAGAACCAAAAAAGAGCGAUUGCUACCUCCAUUGUCACAGUUUGACACAUUUAGAGCAAUGGGAGCAGUUCCUGUUUCAGGAACCAAUUUAUACAAACUUCUAGCUUCAAAGGCUCAUGUGUUAUUGUACCCAGGAGGUGGCCGUGAGGCCUCUCAUCGCAAGGGUGAACAAUACAAGUUGUUCUGGCCAGAACAGUCUGAGUUUGUUAGGAUGGCAGCUAGGUUCGGAGCAAAAAUCGUGCCAUUUGGUGUUGUUGGAGAAGAUGAUUUUGGUGAAGUUGUUUUUGACUAUGAUGAUCAAAUGAGGAUUCCUUUCCUUAGGGAUUACAUAGAAGCAGUAACAGAUGAACUGGGCGUGAGAGUGAGGACUGAAGAAGAUGGUGAGGUGGGAAAUCAAAAUAUGCAUCGUUUGGGAAUUUUACCAAAAUUUCCAGGCAGGUUCUAUUACUACUUUGGAAAACCGAUAGAAACAGAAGGGAGGAGGCAUGAAUUAAGAGACAGGGAGCAAGCUCAUGAAUUAUACCUGCAAAUCAAAUCUGAGGUGGAGAAGUGCAUUGGUUUUUUGAAGGAGAAGAGAGAGACCGAUCCUUACAGGAACAUGUUGGCCCGACUAUCUUACCAGGCCACGAACGGCUCUACUUCUCAAGUUCCAACAUUUGAUAUUUGAUACUUCUGCUAAAAUGAAAAUUGAUUUUCACCAUGCUGAUCUCGAAGAAGCUCAAGAUCUUUCAGUGGGAUAAUGGUAGCUGGGGUAUGAUGUAACUUACAGGGAGUUAUAAGAAAUUUCAUAUAUAGUUGAAAAAUGACUUCCAAUCA